CAUCAGCUGCAGCCCAGGCAGUGUUAGUCUGAUUCGCUGCAGAGAGAUGCACUGCAGCUCCACGCUGGACCAACCAGUCAGGAAUUCCUCACAGCGCUCGCUUUCUCCACAGCUCUGACUCGCUCAUUUCACCUUUUCCCAUCACUGCCAGGCUGAACCACACAAUCUGAGACCAUGUCCUCCAACCUGCCCCCGGGGACUGCCACCGGGGCUAAAAACAAGCCCCUCUCCCCCUUUAGGAAGCGGGGCAGCUUGCAGUAUGCAGCCAGCACAGCUGAUCUCCGUGGUGCGCGCCACCUCCUCACUUCCCAGCAUUCCCUGCCUGGGAUCCCGGUGGCCUUGAAACAAUCCAUUGACCUGCGUACAUCCAUGGACGGGAAGUACAAGGAGAUUGCGGAGGAGCUGUUCUCACGCACCCUCGCUGAGAGUGAGAUGCGAAGCGCCCCUUAUGAAUUUCCAGAGGACAGCCCCAUUGAACAGCUGGAGGAGAGACGCCAGAGACUUGAGCGACAGAUCAGCCAGGAUGUGAAGUUUGAACCCGACAUCCUCCUGAGAGCCAAACAGGAGUUCAUGAAGACUGACAGCGCCACUGAUCUCGAAUACAUGAAGGAGCAGAGCCAGUCUCCUGACCUGCAGGAGAGAGAACCGGUUCCAGAGAAAGAGUACCAGCGAGUUGCUAUUUCAGGAGAGGAGAAAUGUGGGGUUCCCUUUACAGAUUUGUUGGAUGCAGCCAAGUGUGUGGUGAAGGCUCUGUUCAUCAGACAAAAGUACAUGGGUCUGUCGCUGCAGAGUUUCUGCAGGACCACCGCUCGCUGCCUCCAGGAGCUGAGUGAGAGACCUCCAGAGUUUGACAUCUGUGAGGAGGAGAUCCCAGAGGCCUCAGGUUCAAACGCAUAUGCCACAGGGCACCCACCUGCUUCUGGAAAGCACCCCUAUGAGAACCCCGACCCCGCCAGCAUGCCCCGUGAUACGGGUUACGGCUGCAAGAUGGUGGAUGGCGUCAUGCAUGUGUACACAACGAGGAGCGCUUUGGAAAAGAGCACAGAGCUGGACCUGCCCUACCCAGACCUGCAGGAGUAUAUCGCUGAUAUGAACGUGAUGAUGGCGCUCAUCAUCAACGGACCAGUAAAGUCCUUCUGCUACCGUCGUCUGCAGUACCUCAGCUCCAAGUUCCAGAUGCACAUUCUGCUCAAUGAAAUGAAAGAGUUGGCAGCCCAGAAGAAGGUCCCACAUCGCGACUUUUACAAUAUCCGUAAGGUGGACACACACAUUCACGCCUCAUCCUGCAUGAACCAGAAGCACCUCCUGCGUUUUAUCAAAAGGGCCAUGAAGAAGUAUCCUAAGGAUAUUGUGCAUGUAGAAAGAGGAAAGGGUCAGACGCUGAUGGAGGUGUUUGAGACCAUGAACCUGACGGCCUUUGACCUGAGCGUGGACACCUUGGACAUGCACGCGGACCGCAACACUUUUCAUCGCUUUGACAAGUUCAAUGCCAAAUACAACCCGAUUGGCGAAUCCAUCCUGAGAGAGAUCUUCAUCAAAACCGAUAACUACAUCGAGGGGAAAUACUUUGGACACAUUAUUAAGGAGGUGAUGGCGGACCUGGAGGAGAGCAAGUACCAGAACGUGGAGCUCAGGUUGUCCAUUUACGGACGCUGCAGGGACGAGUGGGACAAACUGGCCGAGUGGGCUGUAAAGCAUCGGGUCUACUCCACCAAUGUGCGCUGGCUUGUGCAAGUGCCCAGACUCUUCGACGUCUACCGCACGAAGAAACAACUGUGCAACUUCCAAGAGAUGCUGGAGAAUAUCUUCAUGCCUCUGUUUGAGGUCACAGUGAACCCGGGCAGCCAUCCAGAGCUUCACCUCUUCCUGCAGCACGUUGUGGGUUUCGACAGUGUGGAUGACGAAUCCAAACCAGAGCAACAUAUCUUUAACCUGGACAGUCCGCUGCCAGGCAACUGGACAGAGGAGGACAACCCGCCCUACUCCUAUUACCUCUAUUACAUGUAUGCAAACAUGACCGUGCUGAAUCACUUGCGCAGGCAGCGAGGCUUUCCCACGCUCGUCCUGCGUCCUCAUUGUGGGGAGGCGGGUCCGAUCCAUCACUUGGUGUCUGGUUUCAUGCUGUCAGAGAACAUCUCCCAUGGGCUGCUGCUCAGAAAGGCUCCUGUGCUGCAGUAUCUGUACUACUUGGCCCAGAUAGGUAUCGCCAUGUCGCCUCUCAGCAACAACAGCCUGUUCCUCAGCUACCAUCGUAACCCUCUCCCAGAGUACCUGUCCAGAGGCCUCGUGGUCUCUCUGUCCACGGACGACCCGCUGCAGUUUCACUUCACCAAGGAGCCCUUGAUGGAGGAGUACAGCAUUGCUGCUCAGGUGUGGAAAUUGAGCUCCUGCGACAUGUGUGAGCUGGCCAGAAACAGCGUGCUGAUGAGCGGAUUCUCUCAAAGGGUGAAGUGCUCCUGGCUCGGCCCAAAUCACACCAAGGAGGGGCAGGAGUGUAACGACAUCCGGCGCACCAACGUUCCUGACAUCCGCGUGGCGUACCGGUAUGAGACCCUGUGUGAGGAGAUAAAUUUAAUCACACAGGCCAUCCGCACAGACGAGCUGGAGACCAUCGAGGAAGAGGAAAGUCUGUGUUUGGCAGCUGGGCACGGAGAGAAGUGAAGGGUCACCACGACACAAACACUCUCAACAUUCCCUCUUUUCCCAUCAGGAUUUGGACGGUUUAACAUAUCACACCUGAGAAAUAAAAGAUGAGUGCUUUAGUCACAAGACCAUUAUGAGAGUUGCUACUGUGGCAGUACGAGAGAGGACCCAAGGUCUUCACUUCCUCUAGUUUCUUUUCUCUUUAAUCUGUCAUGUCAAUUUCACGUCGUCUCUUGAUGAAUUGAUUUUUAAACAUUGUGAUUUUUGUGGUUUGGAACAACAUUUUAUUAAGUUUUCUGUACAGGUAUUUCCUGUAACAAGCAUUUAAUAAUAUUGACAUUCAACAUUGAAUCCAUUAAUAAAACUUUGAGAGACUAUCAUCUGGAACAAUUUUUCACACUAAAGAGUCCAAUACAGGGCUGUAGUUACACCAUUGAGGACACUGAGGUCACACUCGUUAUCAUUUCCGCAAAUUUUGAAAGUUUAAGUGAUCAUGGUGAUGAUUACUUUUAAGUUUUUAACAAGUGGGCAGCGUGGAGGCUGCUUUGAAACAUGUUACUCAUCAUAUGGAAAGUAGAGGGGAAGUUCUGAGAGAUACUUUACCUCGUUGCGUUGUUGUUGGUUUCUAAAAGCUGGUUACCAGCUGUUAAAGGUGCAAUGUGUAAGCUAUGUAGAGAUUGGUUUCAAAGAGAUAUCGCCCGCACCGGAUGUUCCUUGGGAGGUAAUAGUGAGUCACUGCUGAGUCCGUUCUGAUUUGAGUCCAUCACGAGAGGACAAUGAAGUUGAGCAGCACCAUCGGCAUGUCACAGUUGUGGCUAGAAAGCAUUUGUCUAGAAUAAAUAUCCUAAACUCUUGUUGUAAUCAGAGUAACGGGAUGGAAAACAUUGAAGGGAUUGUGGUUCCAAGACCAGGAUGCCUUUUGCGGGAGAGUAGACCCUUGCUUUUGUAUUAAUGUUGCUUUUUUAAAUUUCCCUCUCAACUCACAAACCUGUGACUCUUCUAAAAAUUCAGUAGCUCAGUUCUCCGCAGCAACGGCUCGUCCUCCUCUAUGCUGGCAGUGAGUCUUGGCUUAGCGGUUUUUUUCACAUUUUAUCUGCACUGUUAGUGCAAGUUAGAUAUGAAAGGCUGCACCCUAUUCCCUUGAAGUAUGUCUUACACAUUGUAACUGAGCCCUAAACUUUGGUGUAGCUUUAAAAAAUGUCAUUUGUUUUCUUACUACUCGUAAUGACAACAUAGUUCACAUAUAGCUGUUCUGUUUCAUUUGGUUGUCGAGGUUCUUUUUACACUCCUUGCAACUAUUAAGUAGUUGAGAUGUUUGCAUGAUGGCUCCUUUCUUGUGUGCAGUAUUGCUACUUAGUUGUAGCAUCUUAUAUUAACUCUUAAUUGAUUAUUGUUUCAGUCUGAACAGUAACUCUGUUCUUUAUGUUCAUAUAUUAAAUAUACAUGUUUUAGUCAUUGUACAGUGAAUGAUCAUGCAUGAUCUUUUCAUUCAGUUUUCACUCUUGGCAUAAAAAAGCCAAAUUCAUGAAUAAACACUUUUUUUUGUUUAGAGAACUGAAAGAUGACAAACUUGACACACCAGUUUCAAACUCCUGCCUUAAAUCUUUGUCCUGUUUCUGGGGUUUCUUGUUGCCAUUCCAAAGCCCAAAGUGUCCCUCCAAGAGAAAUAUAUGUGCUGUUCUUGAAAUUGUAUUUAAUUGCAUUUGUGUUAAAGAAAAAUAAAUGUUCACAUUGAGUACUUUGUUAGCAGUAUUUGUGCUGUGGGGUGUCUUACGGGGAGUCAAAGCAAUG